AUGCUGACUGAGAAGUUCGCCUGGCCUGGUAUUCGCAAGGACGUCAACUCCUGGGCGCGCUCCUGCGACUCUUAUCAACGUUCAAAGGUCCAGCGUCACAACCGAGAAGCUCUCGCAUCGUUCGAGGUACCUGACAACAGGUUCGAGCAUGUGCACAUGGACAUCAUCGUCAUGCCACUCGUCGGGAACCUUCGCUACUGCCUCACGAUGAUCGACCGCUUCUCCAGAUGGCCUGUGGUGGUGCCGCUGGCAGACAUCAGGGCCGAGACCAUCGCCAAGAGUUUCUUCGAGCACUGGAUAGCUCAUUACGGUGCUCCGAUCACCAUUACGACUGACCAGGGCACCCAAUUCGAGUCCGCCUUGUUCACUUCACUCGCUCGAAUUGUUGGCUCUCACAAGAUCCAUACGACGCCGUACCAUCCUCAGGCAAAUGGCCUUAUCGAGCGGUUCCACCGGACCCUGAAGGCUGCCUUGAUGUGUGAGGAAUCCUCGCCAUGGCCCGACAGGCUGCCCAUCACCAUGCUGGGUCUCAGAUCUUGCCUCAAGGAAGACCUCCAGGCCUCUCCAGCGGAGAUGUUAUACGGGACGACCCUGCGCAUCCCUGGAGAGUUCUUCGUCACCAACAGCGCCCCCGCAGACCCAGGCUCCUUCGCUGGGAAGCUGAGGGAGCUUUUCAACAUCAUCAGGCCAGUUCCGGCUUCUCAUCACGGCAACUACAAGCCUUUCCGGCUGAAGCUCCUGGCUACCUGCACCCACGUCUACCAGCGCGUCGACUCGGUGAGGAAGCCACUGGUCCCGCCGUACGUCGGCCCUUUCAAGGUCGUUCGAAGGAUGAGCGAGAAGGUCUACAUCAUCCUGGUCAACGGUGUGGAGAAGGCUGUCACCACCGACGCUCUCAUCCCAGCCCACCAGGACACAUCCGACCCGCUGACGCCUCCUAGCUCCACGGCACCAACGGCAUCCUCACCAGCGUCCGAGCCGAGCCAGGUCAACCAGGAGUCAGAAGACAACGGGCCGUCGAACAGCGAGGUCCAGUCAGAAGACCUCGUGCCGUCCAACAGCGACACAAGACCUUCUGUUUCAGAUCACCCCGUCGUCCAGAAAAGGGUUUCGUUCGCUUCCCAGGGGAAGCUCACUAAGGGGGGAGUACCUGUGGCGGUUGCUCCACCCGGACUGCUGGCACCAUCUCGCAGUCGCCGCAAGCAGCUCCUUCAGCCUCGGGCGAUCUACUAG